AUGUAUAUGUUAUCCGAGCGACAUGCUCGAGUUUUUCCGUUGUAUAUUCUUUUGCCCAAUGCGGAAACCCAUCUUUCUAAUAUAUCUCCUGUGUUUCGGGUGGCGUCACGUUUCGAAAUGAAGCUCGUUGUUGCCAGGUGUGAGCAGUUUUUGGCUCGGACGGGUAAGGAAGUGUUGGUUGAAGCGAUUGACGGGGCAAAGUAUUCGGGAAUAUUCUGUGCAUGUUUCCCAGAGUUCGACAUUGGACUGCGGCAUACAUAUAAAAUUACCACGGGUAACAGUGAGAAUCUGCUGCCAAAAUGGAAUAUGACUGCAAAAAUGUUAUUCAAGUUCAGUGAUAUUGUAGCCAUGUCCGCACUUAUGAAUGAGGAGGUCGUUAGAGGGUGCAGAUUGGAGAUUUCGACCUGA